GAGAGAGUGAAAGAGAAGGAGGAGUGACAGAGAUGGAAAGGGGGAAGAUAGAGACUCCUUAAGCCAAGUUCUUCUCAACACUUGUUCUGCUACAAAGACUCUCUCUCUCUCUCAUCCUCACACGGACACACACAAACCAGACACACACACACACUAAAAAAAAAAGACAAAGCAGAAGUGGACGCGGACACACGGCUUCAGACGGCGGAGUUGGCUAUGGCUCAGGGCUCUGACAGCAAUGACACGAGUUACAAGUCCCCGUCACCUGGAAGCAGGCCGAGCUCCUCGGACGAUGCGAAGAAGGUGAUGCGGCGAGAGAAGAACCGGAUCGCCGCUCAGAAGAGCAGGAUGAGGCAAACCCAGAGAGCCGACAGCCUGCACUUGGAGAGCGAGAACCUGGAGAAGGAGAACGCCGCCCUGAGGAAGGAGGUGAAGCAGCUGACGGAGGAGGCCAAGUACCUGUCCUCCGUGCUGAGCAGCCACGAGCCCCAGUGCACCGGCCUGGCCCCUCAGACCCCCGACCUCCUCUACCCGCCUCAUCACAGCAGCUACCGCCACCAGCACAUCGCCGUGCCACACUACCAGCACUGACCUGACCGACUGCCGGGGCCGCCGAGGACGUGCCCGCCAACCCGACCAAUGACCUCAAAACGGAGAGAGAGAGAAAGACCAGCUGACUGGAAAUGGGUCUACACGUGUUAACUGUUCCAUGAAGAUUACCACGACCGGCCGGUCCGUCCGCCAAACAGUGACAGUACGGACCCCAAGCUGUGAAAAGCAGCGUUCAAAACUAUUUAUUUCGCUUGUGCUCAUCUCUUUGCUUUCACCUGAUUUAUUAUGAGUGAUCUGUAUGUGAGCUUAAAUGUCGAGUGCGGUUAUCAACCAGUCUGUGUUUACAUUGGGAGAAAAGGAAGAACCUGCCGUACGAUCAGGUGACUCGGGUGGGUACAGGGGAGAGCGCCUGUCGUCACCUUGUCAAGUUUUACUUUCUCGUGUUUAUAAAUGUGUUUCAGUGUGUAAACGCUCAGGAGUAUUUGGACAGAUGUGAUUGUGGACAAAGAGAAUGUUGAGUUGAGAUCCUAAAAAAAAAAAAAAAAGGAAACAUGAAAAAUGGGCAUCCAACGGGGUCUCAACUCGUGUGCUGUCGACAAUACCAAUGUGAUAGAAGAAAAAUGUAUUUAUUAAACGUGGUACCUUUUCAAGGAUAA